AUGGAGCCUGUCGAGGUCACUGGUGACUCAGGUGAUGUUGGGGGUGGUCCUGCUUGGGGUGCUGAGCCUGGGGGUGCUGAGCCUGAGCGUGCGGAGCCUGGGGGUGCUGAGCCUGAGCGUGCAGAGCCUGGGGGUGCUGAGCCUGAGCGUGCAGAGCCUGGGGGUGCUGAGCCUGAGUGUUUGGAGCUAGGGGUGCUGAGCCUGCGGGUGCGGAGCCUGGGGGUGCUGAGUCUGGAGGUGCUGGGCCUAGGGGUGCUGCGUCUUCACUACGGGAGCCUCUCUCACCACAGCAGCUGCGUGAGUGGCUUGCUCGACGCUCCCGCCUUCGGAGUGGUGCUGCUGGAGCUGGAGGCGCCGGAGCUGGAGGCUCUGGCGCUGGCGCUACUAGUCCUGGAGGUGCUCGUACUGGAGGUACUGGAGCUGCUGGGGCUGAUGGUGCUGCUAGUCCUGGAGGUGCUGGAGGUCCUGCUGGAGCUGGAGGUACUGGGGGUACUGGAGCUACUAGUCCUGGAGGUCCUACAGGUGCCUCGCCACCGCAGUCUAGUCGGCGAGAGCCUCUCUCACCACAACAGCUACGUGAAUGGCUUGCUUGACGCUCCCGCCUUCGAAGUGGCGCUACUGGAGCUGGGGGCGCCGGGGCUGGAGGCUCUGGAGCUGGAGCUGCUGGUCCUGGAGGUGCUCGUACUGGAGGUACUGGAGCUGCCGGGGCUGGUGGUGCUGCUGGUACUGGAGGUGCUGGUGGUGCAGGCACUGCUGGUCCGGGAGGUGCUCGUCCUGGAGGUGCUGGAGCUGGAGGUGCUGGAGCUGGAGGCCCUGGAGCUGCUAGUCCUGGAGGUGCUGGAGGUCCUGCUGGAGCUGGAGGUACUGGGGGUACUGGAGCUGCUGUUCCUGGAGGUGCUCGUACUGGAGGAGCUGGAGGCGCUGGCGCUGGAGGCACUGGAGCUGGAGGCACUGGAGCUGGAGGCACUAGCGCUGGAGGCGCUGGAGCAGGAGGUGCUGGAGCUGGAGACACUGGAGCUGGAGACACUGGAGCUGGAGGCACUGGAGCUGGAGGCGGCUGGAGAUACUGAAGCAGGAGGCACUGGAGCUGGAGGCGCUGGAGCUGGAGGUCCUAGAGCCGGAGGCACUGGAGCCGGAGGCACUGGAGCUGGAGGCGCUGGAGCUGGAGGUACUGGAGCUGGAGGCACUGGAGCUGGAGGCGCUGGAGCUGGAGGUACUGGAGCCGGAGGCACUGGAGCUGGAGGCGCUGGCGCUAAAGGCGCUGGAGCUGGAGACUACGCCGCCAGUCUUGUUGCAGAGUCUGAGUCUGUCUGUCCUCCGUUCGUCGGGGGUGAGUGUGCUCUUGGCACGGACGUCCUUGAGGACAGGCAGGAGGACUUUGAGUGUCUUGCGGCUGCUGUACCUCAUCUCGUGGCCUGGCUGCUUGCACCUGAGGGAGACCUGGAUGCACUGGACAUCCCGACCCCGCGCUCUUACGCAGAGGCGAUCUCGGGUCCCUACUCCUCUCAGUGGCAGAUAGCCAUGGACGUAGAGAUGGCAUCCUGGAAGUCCACAGGCACCUACAUUGACGAGUUUCCCCCUCCUGGGGCGAACAUAGUCGAUGGCAUGUGGAUUUUCAGGGUGAAGCGGCCGCCGAGUUCUCCGCCUGUCUUCAAGGCUCGUUACGUUGCUCGAGGCUUCAGUCAGCGGCAGGGAGUUGACUUCUUCCAGACCUUCUCCCCUACCCCGAAGAUGACCACUCUUCGGGUACUGCUGCACGUUGCCGCUCAGCGUGACUACGAGCUUCACUCUCUUGACUUCAGCACAACUUUCUUGCAGGGCAGCCUGCACGAGGAGAUCUGGCUGCGCCGCCCACCUGGCUUCACUGGGUCGUUCCCUCCUGGUACCCAGUAG